AUGAACGCAUUCCAGCUGUGCUCAACCUACGAGGGGGCUGCCAAGGCGGCUGGAGAACUCUCCUCCUCCUCGACACUCAUCCUUGACUGUGAAGGGCGCGACAUAGGAAUGCCCGGCGGCGCGCUGGGGCUCUUGGCUCUCGGAAAUGAGGAUGCAUCCCUGAUUUACCUUUUCGACGUCGUCGCGCUCUCCGACCCGAAACACCCACUUCUAGCCCCCCUGCUGCAGCUCCUUCAGCGAGAAGAUAUCGUCAAAGUCGUCUGGGAUGGACGUAACGAUAUUCUGGAGAUCUUCGAGACCUAUAACGUUGUCGUCCGUGGAGUCCUCGAUCUGCAAGUGGCUGAAGUGGUCCAUCGCCAAAACAUACCGAAGACCCACACCAAAAGUAUCCGAGUGCAACAUACUCCAGACUACUUUAAGAAGCUCAAAUCGGAGAUUGAAGAGGAUCCCGCCAUGCUCGAAGGCAUUUACCGGCUUCUCGGGCUCGACCGAUGUGCCAAGCUUUUCCAUGCCAUUGACGGGAAGGCGGGAAAAGAUCCGGUCGUCACGAAGAUGCACGAGGAGCAGGAGUCCGAAAUGUGGAUGACUAGGCCUCUCCCCGCCCAUCUCCUCAAGUACUCCGCGCGCGACAUAGAGCUCCUUGCGCUCAUGCACAGGCGGUUCCGCUCCAAUGGUUACCUCCGCGACAUCGAGUUGCUCAAGCAGACCAGCAGACGCUACCUCGAUGUGUACCCCACGCGCGAACUCCGUGCGCUCCACAGCCCGCUGCACCUGACCAAGUUCAUGCCGCUAGACGUACUGCGCGCGCCUUCGCCCGGGCUCCGGAUCGUGUGUGUGCGCUGCACCCGCGGGCUCUCCCCGGACUGUUUCAGUACUCGCGUCGAAGGCAAACAGAAGCAGCGCGCGGCAUGUUGCCGUCUGUGCGCGCUGUUGGUGCGGAAAGAAGGAGAGCAGGUGGAGUGGGUAGGCGAGCCGUAG